UUAUUUCAUAUUAUUGUCGCUUCAUCUGUGCAUCCGGGUGGCCAAUACUGCAACGGCAUCAUCCCCGUCAGCUGCAACAUCGGUAUGGACGACGAGGACGACUGCAGUUCCCUACGACGGUCCAUGUAUAGACGAUCCCGCUAUGGACUGUGCUGAUAUGAACCGGACUGCCCACAUAUGCACAGCGUUCCUCAACAGUGACCAGACAAGGAAGUACUGCCCCAAAUAUUGCGGACUCUGUGGAAACGGGAACCAAACUCCAACGUCUUCAGCAACGUCAACGUCAUCAGGCAUGCAUGUUACGGGUGCCCCAUACAACGGUCCAUGUAAAGACGAUCCUACUUUCGACUGUGCUGACAUUGACCGAACUGCGAAAAAUUUGUACAGUCUUCCGCGAUAGUGCUGACACCAAGAGAUACUGCCCGAAGUUCUGUGGACUAUGUGGGACAGCUCAGACAACAUCCUCGCCAUCAUCAGUCAGCGGCUCGGCGACGACAUCUCCCUCCUUUACUGGACCUUGUGUGGAUGCCCCGGAAGCUGACUGCGCCGACCUUGACCACACUGCCCAGAUCUGCACCCUCUACCGGGACAGCCAGAACACCAGGGACCUCUGUCCCAGAUAUUGUCACCUUUGCACUCCUGACCCAACACUCGCAUCAACGUGCCGCGACGCUGACGGAGCCAACUGCGCCGACCUGGACCACACCGCCCACAUAUGUACCACUUUCAGGGACAGCCAGAACACAAGGGAAUUGUGUCCUAAAUACUGUGGAUUGUGCUCUGAUGGCGCUUCUACGGAUAAGGCGUCUACUCUUCCGGGAGGAUCUACAUCAAGGCAUCAAUCACCAACUACAGCAAGAUAUGAGACACCUACUGCAGCAAGCAUGCAGAUUCUACCUCGACCAAGCCUACAGACACAUCCACAACGAGACAUCCAGAUUCUACCUCCGCCAAGCCUACAGACACAUCCACAACGAGACAUCCAGAUUCUACAUCCGCCAAAACCACACCAGUCCAACACACAGACAGGACAACGUCAAUAA